AGCCUGCCGCUUCCGGCCCUGGCGGGCUGCACGUGCUCGGCCCCGUUGUCCCGGCGACCGCGGCGGUUUGUUCUCAAACCCCGGCCUCUCCCACCGCGCGCAGCCUCAACCCGCCGCUCUGCCGCGGUGGUACGGUCCAGGCCGCUAGGCCGCGAGGCCCCGGGAGCGGACGCCAGUGGGCUACCCGCGGCGUGGGAGGAGGAGAUACCAUCAGCAAAAUGCCAGACGUGGAGGAGAGUGUGCCCCUGAAGGACCUUGGCGACUCAGAGGACAGGUCCUGUAAGCCCGAAACCUCAGGACCCCCCCAUGAAGACAAGAGCGGCCCCGAGGACCCCCCUCCCUAGAACGUAACUAGUCAUCAAACUGAAGAGCUGUCCGCGUGCACCAACUCGAGAGAAGAUUCUUGACUAUUGAAAUGCGAAAAAUUAGAUUGAGGCUUUGAGGCUGAAUUAGAUUAGUUUCUCUUGUGGCCACAUGGGGUCGCUGCUGGUUAACAGAAUGGUACCAAAAGGCUUACUGGAGGCAUUUUCAACAGCCUUGAACCUGAUUUCUUUCUGUCACAGGUCUGACAAAAACCGUUAAUGAAGUUUCCAAGCUGAGCAACAAGAUUGGGAUGAAUUGUGAUUACUACAUGGAAGAGAAGGUUUUACCUCCAAGCAGUCUGGAAGGCAAGGUCAAGGAGACAGUGCACAAUGCCUUUUGGGACCAUCUUAAAGAGCAACUAUCAGCAACUCCCCCUGACUUCAGUUGUGCUCUUGAACUUCUGAAAGAAAUUAAAGAGAUCUUGCUAUCACUGCUAUUACCACGCCAGAACCGCCUGAGAACUGAGAUUGAAGAAGCUCUGGACACGGACUUGCUCAAGCAGGAGGCAGAGCAUGGGGCUCUGAAAGUCCUCUAUCUCUCUAAGUAUGUUCUCAACAUGAUGGCUUUGCUGUGUGCACCAGUUCGAGAUGAAGCAGUGCAGAAACUAGAAAACAUUACGGAUCCUGUUUGGCUACUGAGAGGGAUCUUCCAGGUUCUGGGCCUGAUGAAAAUGGACAUGGUGAACUACACUAUCCAGAGCCUUCAACCCCACCUGCAGGAACAUUCCAUUCAGUAUGAACGGGCUAAAUUCCAGGAACUCCUCAAUAAGCAGCCUAGUCUCCUUAAUCACACCACCAAAUGGCUGACCCAAGCAGCAGCAGACCUUACCAUGUCACCUCUGACUUGCCCAGACACUUCUGACUCCUCCAGCCUGGCUGGCCCCUCUCCCAACGAGGCAACCAACAACUCAGAGCCCCUCAGCCCCACAAUGGUGCUGUGUCAGGGCUUCCUGAACCUCCUUCUCUGGGACCCUGAAAAUGAAGAGUUCCCUGAGACCUUGCUGAUGGACAGAACCCGGCUGCAGGAGCUGAAGUCCCAGUUGCACCAGUUAACCAUCAUGGCUUCAGUCUUGCUGGUGGCCAGUAGUUUCUCUGGCAGUGUUUUGUUUGGCUCACCCCAAUUUGUAGAUAAACUGAAACGCAUAACCAAAUCCCUGUUGGAAGACUUUCACUCCAGGCCUGAGGAAGCUAUACUGACUGUGAGUGAACAGAUAUCUCAGGAAAUCCAUCAAAGCCUCAAGAAUAUGGGCCUUGUUGCUCUGAGCAGUGACAAUACAGCAUCUCUGAUGGGACAGCUCCAGAACAUUGCCAAGAAGGAGAACUGUGUCCACAGUGUUAUUGAUCAGCGAAUUCGUUUGUUUCUCAAAUGCUGUUUGGUUCUUGGUGUGCAGCGGUCUCUGUUAGACCUUCCUGGAGGUCUUACUCUCAUUGAAGCAGAACUGGCAGAACUGGGCCAAAAGUUUGUCAACUUGACACAUCACAAUCAGCAGGUGUUUGGUCCCUACUACACUGAGAUCCUAGAAACCCUCAUCUCCCCAGCCCAGGCACUGGAAACAAAAGUGGAGUCUGUUUGAUAGCAUCGGCUCAGAGCCCUGGUACCUUGAACCCAAGAGGAGGCCUAUCAUCUUCCUGGAGUAACAUCACCAGUGACCAGCAGACAGUGAGCUUCUGUCCCAGGCCCUGCAGCCAAUACACUAAGGCUGUAGGGAUCAAGCAUGUAAACACCAGCUGGCCCAAAUCCAUUCACUAAUAAACUUCUUAAGUGCAAGAAA